AGCAGACAGACCCGUUGAAGAACAUAGAUACUCAACAAAACAAGUCAUAUAUCUUUCGCAACAAUGGCGAAAGGUUCAAAACUUGCGGCCUCGAGCAAGGCCAUUGACCCCACCCUCAAUGCCCUCUUCGCAUCCAGUUCCGGACCUGUGAAGGCCCUAGAAAAGUCAAGAUACUCCGAAGCGCCUCAAUCAAAGGCGAAGCCCGCGCCUGAGGCUUCCGACGACGAUGAGGAGUUAUCCGAGCUUGGUAGCGAUGAGGAGAUUGACCUCGAAGAUGUCGCCGAGUCAGAGGAGGAGGAAGUGUCAGAACCAGCCGUGAAGCCAAAGAAGGAGCGCAAGCGGAAGAGGGUGGAGGACGACAUCGAGGGCAAAUACCUGAGCAAGCUCGCCGAGGCGGAGGAGAAGGAGAAGCCUGCUGAGAAGCGCACCAAGAAGGAGACCAAGGAUGCGGAAGAGGGAGAGGAGGCCGCUUCAGAAACGACAUCCGAGGGCGAGAGCGCGGGCGAAGGCGAAGAAGAGGAAGAGGCAGAAGAAGAGGACUCUGACGAGGAAGCCAUCCCCGUCCACGAAUCCGUCGCGGCCGACAGCAAGGCCAAGACAAAGGACACGGAACUCGAAAAGGCAAACCGCACAGUCUUCCUCUCCAACGUCGCCUCGGACGCCGUCGACAAUAAGGCAGCCAAGCGCACCCUCGAAGCCCACCUCACGAGCGUCCUCGACAAGGACGCCACCCCCGCGCAAAAGAUCGAGUCCAUCCGCUUCCGCUCCAUCGCCUUCUCCGGCGGCGGCCUCCCCAAGCGCGCAGCCUACAUCACAAAGUCCCUCAUGAACGAGACGACAAAGUCCGCAAACGCCUACGUCGUCUUCUCCACGCCCGCCGCCGCCCGAAAAGUCUGCGCCGAGCUCAACGGCACCAUCGUCCUCGACCGCCACCUGCGCGUCGACAGCGUCGCCCACCCGGCGCCGACGGACCACCGCCGCUGCGUGUUUGUCGGCAACCUCGGCUUCAUCGACGACGAGACCAUCAUCGCCACCAACGAGGAGGGCGAGACGGUGCAGAAGAAGCGCACAAAGGUGCCCGCCGACAUUGAGGAGGGUCUCUGGAGGACGUUUGGCAAGCACGCCGGCAAGGUCGAGAACGUGCGCGUCGUUCGCGAUCCCAAGACGAGAGUGGGCAAGGGUUUCGCCUACGUCCAAUUCUAUGAUGGCAACCACGUAGAAUCGGCCCUCCUCCUAAACGGCAAAAAAUACCCUCCCAUGCUCCCCCGCAUCAUGCGCGUAACCCGCGCAAAGGCCCCUCAAAAGACCGCCCUCGCCAUGGAGCGCACCAACAAGGCCAGAGCCGCCCAGGCAGGCGCCUCACGCGGCGGAGCCCCCGGCAGCACAAAGUACAAGGCCAAGAUCACGCCCGAGCAGCAGUCCCUCGCCGGCCGCGCCAGCCGUCUCCUAGGUCGCCAGGGAGCCCGUCGCGAGCGCGACGACAACAGGAAGCCGCGCGCCCACGCCCCGGCCAACGGCUCCGGCGCCAUCCCCAAGGACGAGAUGAAGAAGCCCGAAGACUUUAUUUUCGAGGGCCGUCGCGCCAGUGCCAAGGACGGCAGGCCAAAGGAUCUCAAGUUCAACAAGCGGAGUAAGCCCAAGGGCGGCGGCGGCGUCAAGAAGACGAAGCCUACGGGCCGUGGUGCCAAGAGAGCCGCGGAGUGGAAGAAUAAGCAAAAAUGAGGUUGAGAUUUGCGGGGGGUGGGUGACCUGCUUGUAUUGAGGUAGUUUGCAUGGAAUACCAAAAGAAGACAGAUAGAAGCGUCGGGAAAAGGGCGUCCAAAAUAAUGAGCAUUGUACAAAGCACACUUAUACAUCAUUGACUUGCAAAGCGUCCCUCGAUUUCCACGUUAAACAUCGCGCUACUACCAACAGCGGAUGUAUGCGAUUCACUCUAGUCACAGCAUUAAGUGACACACGAAGCAAGUUGAAGAAUACGUCCAUUUACAAGUGACUACUUUCAAUCCCCC